AAGGAAUUUAAAUGGAUUUAUUGUUUGUGCAGAACAUAUUUUAUGGAUAUAGACAGGCAGUGGGAACGGCCUCGUUCAUUUUUCAGUUGCUUCUGCCACCUGGUAACACUGCGCAGCAAUAAAAACAAAAAACUUCAAACUAAACCGCCAUAUUUCAUUUAAUUUCUGUGCUUAUCUAUGGAUCGGACAACCAUCGCGCCGUGGAAAGCCGAAGAGAAGGAGCAGAGCGAGAAGCUGCACAGGAAGCUGCAGGGACUGGCUCUGGUGCAUCCCAUGCCAGACGAGCUGCGGAAGCUCAUUGCUUGGGACAUGUUCCUCAAGCCCAACCAGGUGGCCUUUGUGCAUGUGAUGCACUACCUCUUCCGCCUGCUGGAUCCCGCAGAGUUCAAGCGACGCUUCUUCUGGCCCAUCACGGACAAAAAAUCGGAGGCGAACUUUCGCUCCAGCACGGUUGAGUAUCUGAAGCAUCUGAACGAGAAGCACCAGCUGCAUUGGGCCAACAUCAAGUCCUAUUUGGUGGUAAUGCCCGGAGGCAUGAGGUUUAUUAACUUUCUGCUGGAGUUUGUGGGCUUCGUGAUCCAGGAGUGCAUCAAGCAGCGCGAGAAGUCACUAGGCUUAGAGGCGGGAACACCAAACGUGAGCGCCAAGGUCAUGGCCCGCCAAAAUUCCGUAAUGAAGGAGUAUGCCUCGUCGUAUGUUGUCAAUCUGGAGGAGAAUACGUCCCUGUUGCGCGACAAGACCCAGAAGAUCCGACGUAUGAUGGCCGAUCUGUCUGCAGUCAUGGGAGUGCCCGAGGAGCAACUGGCGGACGAUUGCUUUCUGGAUGAGUUUGAGGCCACCGCUGCACUCGGCGUGGAACGAGUCAUUACCCAACUCGAGAAAUUUGACCUGGAGGCAUCUCUAUGUGGCCUCAAGGAGGCCAUCGAUAUUUUCCAACUGAAGCAAGCCGAGAACAACCAAAGCAAGGAGGCGGUAGAGAAAGCACUGCGGGGAAUGCGAGUUCUGUUCGACUGUGAUGCAGCCACAGAAGGUAACUUUUACGAUCCUUUGGGUGCAUCUAAAACGGGUGCGCUCUUGAACGGCUUCAAUCGGAUCAGCGGCACAAUUGCCGAGCAACUGGAUGCAAAUGAUCACUACAACGAAUCGACUGCGUUUGUCACCACCGAUUUGCAGGCUCUUCGCGUGGAGCUUACACAGUCUGAAAUUCAGUUGAAAAAUUUUCUAAAGAAACUAAACGAGCCGUCCAAAAAGGAGAAGGGAAGUGCUACUGCUAGUGCCACUGCAAGUGCCUCCGCCAGGGGGCAGACGCUUGCGCCGGCCACGCCUCGGUUCGAAUCAGUUAUCAGCUCCAAAUUUGUUUCCACGCCUCCCAUCAGGAUCGACAUGGGCGGCGGUGGAGGGCGCAAUGCCCCAGUACGUCUUGCACUCCAGGAUGACUUCAAUGGCAAACAGUUCGAUGCCUUAAGCAAUAGUUUACUCGCACCAGCGCCGCCUCGAUCAGCACGUAAGCUGAAAGUCCUGGAUCAGUCGACCGGCAUUGAUCUUAAUGGGACAAUGAAUCGAUCCAAGAUCAACGAUCCCAUGCAAAUGCUGCGCACCAUUCACAAGAACACCUCCAAGGUCAAGACAGCUCCGCAGGCGAAUCUCUCCGCUCUGGGCAGCAAGUGGAAGCAAAUGCAAGCUUCUUUCGGUUUCGAUGAGGCACCAGUGCCAGGUGCAGCGGUGAUCUCCCCUCAGACCUCACCAACUGAACCCAGCGACCCCUUUACACCGUUGAGUGCUAGCGAGUGCACCCGAAUUGAACGCAUUCCGCGCACAUCGGAAAACAACAGCUCACUGGUCGCCAAGAGCGCUGCGGUUAUUAAGGUUUUGGAGGUAUCUCGGAAUGUUCUGAAUCUGAGCACCUCGCCAUCUGGACGCCUGGAUGCACUAGUUCCGCACACCGAGAGCCACCAGCAAGACACGCCACGUCUUCAGCUCAACGACAGAACAAUCAAUGACUCACUGCCGCUUGAACCCGAUUUUAACAUUGAAAACGACCAGAAUGCAUUCAAUGUCUCGCGUAAGUUCGAUUUUGAUCAGAUUGGAGGUGAUGAUGACCUGCAGAACAUCAGCGAUAGUGUGCUCAAGGAUAUUAUCUUUUAGGCAAGGGAAUCUCAAAGUGCCAUAACUGUUGAGCUAAUAGUCUUAAAUAUUUUCUAAUGAUUUAAGCUUUGUGAAUGAGUUAACUUCAUAAUUUGAAUAAUGUUACUUAUAUGAUAUUAAAACUUCAAUAUUCCAGCUUUUAAGCAA